ACACACACACACACACACACACACACACACACACACACACACACACACACACACGCACAUCUGAAAUUGAGAAGGACUCAACAGUUUGAGAUAAAUCAUCCAGCUGGAAGUUUUUGGAAUGAAUAAGAAGCUGAUUUGCCUGGUCUUGCUUGGAAGCGUGAUCUUUUUCUGUGAUGGAGGUGUUACAACGGAUUUCUGCUGCUCACAGCCCUGUCAGAAAAGGGGUGUGUGUAUAUCUAAAGGUUUAGAUGCCUAUGAGUGUGACUGCACCAGGACUGGAUACUACGGAGAGAACUGCACCACACCGGAACUUUCCACGUGGAUCAGGUCCAUACUGAAGCCAAACCCAAACACAAUACACUACCUGCUGACAAAUUAUAAAUGGAUAUGGGGCAUCAUUAAUAACAUCUCAUUUCUGAGGAACACUUUGAUGCGCUACGUCCUCACAUCAAGGUCAAAUCUGGUGGAGAGUCCACCAACUUACAAUGCUGAUUAUGAGUACAAAAAUUGGGAGGCGUACUCCAACACUUCCUACUACACUCGUACACUGCCCCCAGUACCCAAACACUGUCCAUCAGCGAGCAUGCCUCUUCCUGAUGUCAAGCAGGUGGUGGAAAAAUUCCUAAUGAGACAGAGGUUCAUUCCUGACCCACAGGGCACGAACCUGAUGUUUGCAUUCUUUGCCCAGCAUUUCACUCACCAGUUCUUCAAGUCUGACUUUAAGAAAGGACCAGCCUUCACCAAAGGCCUGGGCCAUGGAGUGGAUUUAAGUAACGUCUAUGGAGAUAAUCUGGAGAGACAGCACAAACUGAGACUUUUCAAAGAUGGAAAGCUGAAAUAUCAGGUGUUGGACGGAGAGGUGUAUCCUCCUCUGGUUAAAGACGUUCAGAUCUCUUGUGGAAGGAAUCUGCCUGCUGGAGUGCAGGUAAUGGCUACUAAAAUCCUGGAGCAUGGCCGUGAGGUGCGUUAUCAGUCUUUUAAUGCUUACAGGGCGCGUUUCAACUUGGAGCCAUACAAUUCCUUUGAAGAACUGACAGGCGAUAAAGAGCUCACUGCAGAUCUGAAGAGCCUGUAUGGAGCUGUGAACUCUGUGGAGCUCUACACCGGCCUUCUGGUGGAGAAACCAAGGCACAAUGCUGUGUUUGGAGAUACCAUGGUAGAGAUGGGUGCUCCCUAUUCCCUCAAAGGGCUUAUGGGAAAUCCUAUCUGCUCCCCUGAUUACUGGAUGCCCAGCACGUUUGGUGGCAAAGUGGGAUUUGAGAUCGUAAACAUGGCCUAUCUGAGGAAACUCGUCUGCAUCAACGUUAAAGGACCAUGCCCGUUCGUGUCCUUCAAGGUGCCGGAGGACAAAAUGUACAACUUAGCAAAGAUUAAUCCCACUGUCUUACUGAACGAACAGACUUCAGAGCUUUAAUAAUAAAGUGCACCACUGUAUAAUUUCAAAAGUAUUUAAAAAAAUUUUUUAAUCCAUUUAUAAUGUAUUACACAAUUUAUUUUAAAAUUUAUUUACUUAAUUGCUGCUGCUGAAAUGUGAAAUAUUUUAAAAUUCAUUAGUAAUUUAUUACACAAUUUAUUUUAAUAUUUAUUUAUUUAACUGUUGCCGCUGAAAUGUGAAAUAUUUUAAAAUACCAUAUGGGUUUUU